GAUUUUUUUUCUUUUUCCUCUUUUCCUGUUAUUUUCUGCAAGUUUACACGAUCUUUUGUUGAAUUUUUUCCCUUCUUCGUUUGGUUGGAAUUUUCUGGGUUUUGUUUUUUUAGAGUUUUGUAAUUUAGUUUGCCCUUGAUGCAGUGGGUUUCAGUGAUUUUUAGGAACUUUGAUCGGGCAUAACUCAGUCUGAACAGUUAAAUUUGGUGUUUUGAUGAUACUCCAAUUUGGGAGUGGGAACUUUUCGUGGAAGGAAUUAGUUGAGGUUUUGACUUGGUGGUGCGGAAUUUAGGAGUGGGGUUUUGAAUAUGAGUGAUAAUUUGAUGGAUAAAGUCACCGCCUUCGGGCAACGCCUGAAGAUUGAAGGAGUUGAGGUGGGUAGAAAGAUGUCGGCUGGAAUGAGCUCCAUGAGCUUCAAAGUGAAGGAGCUCUUCCAGGGGCCGAACCAGGCUGAGAAGGUUGUGGAGGAUGCGACUGCUGAGACGUUGGAUGGACCUGAUUGGGCGACCAACCUUGAUAUUUGUGAUAUGGUUAACAAUGAGAAAAUAAACAGCAUAGAAUUGAUCCGUGGGAUUAAGAAGCGGAUUAUGCUGAAGAACCCCCGGGUGCAGUACCUGGCUCUUGUGUUACUAGAGACAGUUGUGAAAAACUGUGAGAAGGCAUUUUCAGAGGUUGCCGCAGAAAGGGUCCUUGACGAGAUGGUGAAGCUGAUUGACGACCCUCAGACCGUUGUAAAUAACCGGAAUAAGGUUCUCAUUCUUAUCGAAGCAUGGGGGGAGUCGUCUAAUGAACUCCGAUAUCUGCCUGUUUAUGAGGAAACAUACAAGAGUUUGAAAUCUAGAGGUGUUCGAUUCCCUGGACGUGAUAAUGAGAGUUUGGCUCCCAUAUUUACCCCACCACGUUCAGUUUCUGAAUCAGAAGCCAAUAAUCUCGCCCAACAAAUUCACCGAGAAAUACCUGUGCAAAGCUUUUCGGCAGAACAAACAAAGGAAGCAUUUGAUGUGGCACGAAACAGCAUUGAACUUCUUUCAACAGUUUUAUCCUCAUCUCCACAGCAAGAUGUAUUAAAGGAUGACUUGACAACCACACUUGUACAACAGUGCCGUCAAUCCCAAUUCACUGUCCAGAGAAUUAUUGAGACUGCAGGUGACAAUGAAGCCUUGCUUUUUGAAGCCUUGAACGUGAAUGAUGAAAUUCAGAAGGUCCUCUCCAAAUAUGAAGAACUUAAGAAACCUUCUGCCGCCCCACUAGAAACACAACCUGCAAUGAUUCCUGUUUCCACUGAACCGGAUGAAUCUCCCAGUGUUGGUAAGGAAGAAGCGUUGAUCAGGAAAUCAGCAGGUUCUCGAGGUGGGUCUCAGGGAGGAGAGCAAGCCAUUUUGGAUGAUCUUGAUGAGAUGAUCUUCGGCAAGAAAGCUGGCGGCACUUCAGAAGGGGGUCAGGAUCCAAAGAAGCAGCAAUCACCAAAAGAUGACCUUAUAACCUUCUGAUUUUUCAGUUGCUGUGAAAUUAGGUCUUCCAGUUGCUGUGAUGUUUCGGCCCGGGGGUUAUAUAUAGAGCUGUGAAAUUAGGUCUUCCAGUUGCUGAAGACCAUUAGUUUGUUUGUUGAACAGGAAACCAGGACUCUGAUUACUGUCUCUCUCCUGUCGCUGCACAUUUAUGUAAGAUAAUAGAUAAAUUCAUGUUUGAACACAAUCAUUUGACAAAACAUAUACAGAAGAACUUGCAUAUAGAAACUUGGUUACAUGUCUGAA